CACGGCGAGCAGCAGCAGCAGCGGCAGCGGCAGCAGCGGCGGUGGUUCCAGCGCUUCUCUGACGCACCACCGGAGAUGAGCAUCCCGCUCCCACCGGCUGUCAAGGCAUCUCCGCCUCGGACCUCCGCUGUCAAGCUUUCAACGCCAUCCUGUUUGUUUUUGGCCACUGUUACCCGUGUCGCUUCGCUGCCACCUAGUUGUGUCACAUCGAGCAGUUGAAAGCCAGCGCUUGGCUUGGAAUUUACUUCGGAGGUGAUUUUGUAUCCGCAGCGGCUGUCAACGGGAGUGAUUGAUUCCUGUCCACACUCACUGGGGUGGAGAGGGAGGGGGGGUGGGGGUCUCCUCCUUGUUCGGGGCAUCCUUCAGAACGUUGUUGUGCUUCUGUGAUAGGUGGUUUAAUUCAAAGGUGAAAGAGGAGGCGGAGAACCGUUUGGAUGACGGACACCGAAACGCAAUAACGCGGAUCGCUGGAAUAUUCUCACAGAGGUGCCGCUACAGACAAGACAUAUUUUUCUUCUCCUCAGUUGGCAUUCAUAAUCCGCACGACGAGUUUGCCCACUGCAGGGGCUGCUGCGGCUUUCGCGUCUGCUCUGCCCUGUUUUUAAUACUAUUUACUUGAGCAUCGGGCGUCAAAGCAUCCCGGACGAGCUUGCGAUGCCCAAACAGUGAGGGGAGGGGUGGGUGGGGGGCACAGUGCGGGCAUUGCAUUUUGGUCACCAAGCGAGGUAGCAUGGCUCCAGCCCGGAGGGACUGCAGCGGCUGUGGGAUGAUCCUCCCGACGGGAUGCCUGCUCCUCUCUGUUUUGCUCUUCCACCCUGCCCUGGCCAAGGUGUGCAACGACCGCACCAAACACGGGCAGGACAACAGCUGGUUCGCCAGGGACGGGGAGAACUUGCCCAUUAUGGUGCUUAUGCCCAUGAACGAGUCGGCCCUGAUGAGCAGCAUCAGCCAGGGGAUCGAGCCCGCGGUGCAACUGGCCAUCCAGCACAUACGGGAGUCCAGGAAGUACUCGUUCUCCCUCAUCACCAAAAUCUAUGACACCGAGUGUGACAACGCCAAGGGGCUGAGGGCCUUCUUUGAUGCCAUAUGCUACGGUCCCAAGCACCUCAUGAUAUUUGGCGGCGUCUGCCCCUCUGUGACCUCCAUCAUCGCUGAGUCCUUGAAGGGCUGGAAUCUGGUGCAGCUGUCCUUUGCAGCAACAACCCCAGUUCUGGCAGAUAAGAAAAAGUUCCCCAACUUCUUCCGCACCGUCCCAUCAGACAACGCCGUGAACCCAGCGGUAGUGAAGUUUCUCAACUUCUACGACUGGAGCCGCGUGGGGACGCUCACACAGGAUGUGCAGAGGUUCUCUGAGGUGAGGAAUGAUCUAACUAAUGAGCUGGAGAAAGCAGAUAUUCAGAUUGCAGAUACAGAAAGUUUUUCCAAUGACCCUUGCGUCAAUGUCAAGAAGCUCAAGGACAACGAUGUUAGAAUCAUCAUCGGGCAGUUUGACGAGAACCUGGCAUCCAAAGUCUUCUGCUGCGCGUACAAUCUUAACAUGUUUGGCAGUAAAUACCAGUGGAUUAUCCCCGGCUGGUACCAGGGCAACUGGUGGGAGCAGGCCAACAGUACCAACUGCACCACCAAGAAGCUGCUCACAGCCAUGGAGGGAUACAUCAGUGUGGACUUUGAGCCGCUCAGCGCUCGACAGAUCAAGGGCAUCUCUGGCAGGACCCCUAAGGACUACGAGCGGGAGUACAGCCGAGAGCUUCAGCAGAAAGGUGUGGAGGCCAGCAAGUUUCACGGCUUUGCCUACGAUGGGAUCUGGGUCAUCGCUAAAACCUUAACUCGCGUGAUGGAGCUGCUCCGGGUAAAACAUCGGCAGAACACCUUCCAUAACUUCACUGUGGAUGACCGCGAAGUGGGGAAAAUGGUGCUGGACGUCAUGAAUGAAACCAACUUCUUUGGUGUUACAGGCCAAGUCAUGUUUCGGAACGGUGAGAGGAUGGGCACAAUCAAAUUUAACCAGUUUCAAGAGGGCCAUGAGGUGAAGGUGGGCGAGUACAACGCAAUUGCUGAUGUCCUGGAUCUCAUCAACAACUCCAUAAGGUUCCAAGGUCUGGAGCCUCCCAAGGAUCGUACGUUUGUGCGUCUGCAGCGGCGCCACAUCAACGUACCCCUGUACAGCAUCCUGUCCACCAUCACCAUCCUGGGCAUGCUCAUGGGAGGGGCCUUCCUGUUCUUCAACAUCAAGAAUCGCAACCACAGGCUAAUCAAGAUGUCCAGUCCCUACAUGAACAACCUGAUCAUCCUAGGAGGCAUGCUCUCCUACGCCUCUAUCUUCCUGUUUGGCCUGGAUGGAGGUUUUGUCUCCGACAAAGAGUUUGAGACCCUCUGCACCGUCCGGACAUGGAUCCUCAUUGUUGGAUACACAACAGCUUUUGGGGCCAUGUUUGCCAAGACCUGGAGGGUGCACGCCAUCUUCAAGAAUGUGAAGAUGAAGAAGAAGAUCAUAAAGGACCAGAAGCUAUUGAUCAUCGUUGGCGGGAUGCUGCUAAUUGACUUGUGCAUCCUUAUUUGCUGGCAGAUCGUGGACCCGCUUAAAAGGACGGUGGAAGAGUACAGCUUGGAGGCCGACCCCCAAGGCCGCGACAUAGCCAUCCGUCCCUUCUUGGAGCACUGUGAGAACACCCACAUGACCAUUUGGCUGGGUAUUGUUUACGCCUACAAGGGACUGCUAAUGUUAUUUGGCUGUUUCUUGGCCUGGGAGACCAGGAACGUGAGCAUCCCUGCUCUCAAUGACAGCAAAUACAUCGGGAUGAGCGUCUACAACGUGGGCAUCAUGUGCAUCAUUGGUGCCGCCGUGUCUUUUCUCACCAGGGACCAGCCCAACGUGCAGUUCUGCAUCGUGGCACUGGUGAUCAUCUUUUGCAGCACCAUUACGCUCUGUCUGGUCUUCGUUCCCAAGUUAAUCACCAUGAGGACCAACCCCGACGCAGCGACCCAGAACCGCAGGUUAAAGUUCACCCAGAACCAGAAGAAGGAGGACUCCAAGACCUCCACCUCAGUCACCAGCGUCAACCAGGCCAACACUUCGCGGCUGGACGGUCUUCAAACUGAUAACCACCGCCUCCGUAUGAAGAUUACAGAGCUGGACAAAGAGCUGGAAGAAGUGACCAUGCAGCUGCAAGACACCCCAGAGAAAACUCCCUACAUCAAACAGAACCACUACCCGGACGCCAACAACAUCCUCAGCAUACGCAACUUCACAGACGGCAAAGAUGGAGAGAAGUCAAUAUUGAAGAAUCACCUGGAGCAGAAGCCUCAGGCGCAGUGGGGCUCCAUGGAUCCUUCCAGAAUAAACAGAGGUCCCCUCGAGGACAUCAACUCGCCUGAACACAUACAGCGUCGACUGUCCUUGCAGCUCCCCAUCCUGCACCACGCCUACCUCCCUUCCAUAGGAGGCGUCGAUGCCAGCUGCACCAGCCCCAACGGCAGCCCUGGUUCCAGCCCACGGCACAGACACAUGCCCCCCUCCUACCGGGUUAUGGUCUCUGGCCUGUGAGCUCCUUUCACCCCCGACCCCACCCUUCUCCACCCCCCCUCACCCUCCAACCACCACCUGGCUCUUUGCAAGAGGAGACAUGUAUGGUUCUGUUUUUUCUACAACAAAUAGACUGAUGUCGCCAGCGUAUGUGCGUAUUUCGUCUCAGAACAAGGAGGACCGGGGGGGAGGGGAGGAGGGGAGGAGGGGAAGGGGGGGGACGAGUAUGCUUCUUCACCCCAGCCUCUCUUGAAAACUGAACCCCCCCCCCCUCCCUCAGUCAGGAAAGGGUGGGAGGAGACAGAGUGGACACUACAUGACUCUUAUGAACUCCCUGCAAGGCCCUUGUUCAUCUGCUGGGCAAGUACACACACGCAUAUUUACACAAACACAAAUACACACACACACACACACACUCACAACAGCAGACACACUGACGCCCCAAUAGCAGAAGAGCGGCGGACCAGCCCCGACCUGACGUGUAGCCUUAUCUGCUUCAGAGGGGAUUUGUCUUUUUCUGUUCCUUAUCGGUUGUGUGAAUGUGCUCGCGGCGACGCGUGAGCUUGUCAGAGUAUUUCACCGCUUCAGUGACUGGAUACCAGUCUGGAGACAUGGAUUUUUACAAAAACCCAACAAUAGAAAUCACCCCCCCCCCCUUCCCAUUAUUGUGGAGACAUGUAUAUAAUGAUCAUUUCUGACUUUGAUGUAAUGUACGCUUUGUAUAUGAUGUGAAUGGAAAAUUAAAGGGGUUCUAAAUGUA